ACAGUAAGUUCAACAUGGCGGAAGCGCCGUCCAGAGUGCCACCGGCGGACAUUGAUGUGGCCAUAUUGACCAAAGAGCUCGAAGUUGAAGUGACAGUAGCAUGAAUAAGUACUCACAUGAGGGCUUUGUAGGUUGCUUUUGCCGAGCAGCUCAUCAAAUGCACCAAGACACUGCAACUGGACAUGGUGGCUGAGCGUGAAGCAGCCACCGCCACUACAUUGGAAUACCUCUUGGCUCAAGUAGAUCUCAAAUUGCUCCAUUUCAAGCAAGAAUUGCUCAACCACGUCCACAAGGAACUACAACAAACACCACUACCUUUCCGCAAUGGCCAUCCAACGAGCUUCAAAGAGAGUACAAUGGGCAACGAUGUCGACGAAUCGAACAUCCGAUCUGCCAGCCUUGUGAGCAAUCCCUCCGAGCUGGAAGAAUUGGCCCAAGAACACCCUCGGCUUCCCCCCAAAGAGGGCGAGUGUGUGCAUCCCAUCGAUGCUGUCAUCGAAGAAGCCGCCACUCCACGCAUCAAUGCCGCAGCGUACAUUUUGCAAUUCACACGUGUACACGCGCCCGAGAAAGGCCUUCACGACUGUCAUUCGGGCGAGAGCUUUCCCUACGAAACGCUUGUGGACGUGGUGGCUUGUCUUGCCCACAACCUCCGCACAUUGCAUGGUUUCCACGCGGUCGACAUCGUGUGGCUUCCCAUGGACUCCAACUCGCCACUUCGCACAUUUUUAGUCAUGCUUGCGGUGUGGACUCUCGGCGGGUCCAUUGUGUGGUCGUCGGUGCACCCCCCACUAGUGACUUGGGUUUGCGUGGACUCGACCUUUGACCGCACAAGUCUAACCAGGUCGUCCUUAUCCACCCAUAUUCCCGAUGGGACUUUGCAUGUACUCCAUGUUGACGCCCCCCUCGAACAAAGCCAUUCAGACGUUCUGUACACAGAUCUGUUGGUCACACCAGCAACAACCCCCUCGACUGUUCACCCCCUCAAGGCACCCCAUUGGGUCCUUCCUUCGAAAGUGGCCAUGACGUUGCACUUGUCCAACGCCAACAACCAGGACGAACCAUCCGUUGAGUUUUCGUACAGCCAUGGCGAUCUCCUUGCCGCGAUGGAAACUUCCAUCGGUGUGUUCCGCAGUCGAUUUCAGCGUGCGCAGUCGUCGUUCAUGUCGACUUUGCCCCUGGCUGCACCAGAAUCUCUAACAUUCGUCCUCCUCCCGAGUAUCUUUUACGGCACCCCCUUGCAUUUCUUGACGCCGUCACAUGUGGCAGACCUCCCCAAAGCGCUACGCCUUGCCAAGCCCGCGGUUCUCGUUGCGACAGGAUUGCAUCUGUCGGAGCUGGUCAAGGCCAACGACGCCAUGACCUGCCUGGAAGAAGUCGUAUGUAUUGGCAUGUCCGUGCCCAGCCUUCCACGAACGCUGCGGGCGCUUCACACGUUGAGCAGCAAGUGGCGUCCAGAUCUCAAGUUCCGGCGGCUGUACGCGUCCCCCGCCACCGCCGGAGUGUGCAUCGAGUCACCGCCCAUGGCAUUCCCCAUCCCCCCCACACAACUUCGUGCCCUGGGCCGAGCCGUGUCAAACGAUGUACAAGUGUGCGUCCGAAGUCUGAGCACCGGGGCGACCCUCGGUCCAAAGCAGGUGGGCGAGCUUUGUGUGUGCCGGCUGGACCUCCACCAUUUAACGCAACAGUUUCCGACGAAUGCGAUGGCGUACGUAGACGUGGACGGUCAAGUCCACGGCAUCGGGUCCAAGGACGGCAUCGUCAACUUGGGCUGCGAGUCGACGACCACUUUGGAGCUCGAAGAAGUGCUGGCGUCUCAUCCACUCGUCGAAGACGCCGUCGUCAGUGCCGCCGCCAUGACGGCGUACAUCAAGCUCGCACCAGCGGCUGCCACGUAUGUGGAUGAUGCCCUUCGCAGCGUGUCCAUCUUUGCAGCCAAGCAGAUUCCCCCGGCCAAGCAGCUCAGUCAGAUUAUGCGGGUACUGGACAUUCCGCGUCAAUUAGACGGGCAGCCAAGUUGCCCCAUUGGUUUGUACGAGACGAAUCCGGCCUAUUGAGUGGUCAGGGAUAUCAUUCCUAACGAAAACGGUCAAUUGAUGCAUUGUACGA